AUAAGAAAUGUUAAAUCAAGGGAGAGCACUUUGGUAUGCACUUAAAGUAGAGGAUUAUGAUUUGGUUGAGUUUCUAAUCAAUUAAAAGACUGAUAUUAAAUAAACAUAUGAAUUCGAACCUAAACGAUACUUAUCCACUGCUAGUGUAAAAUAAAAUAAUCACAAUUAUAGUUAUUAACUCUACGUGUUUGUUAGGCUCGAUCAAAGGGAUUGAAUAAUCAUCAUUAUAAAAGAAUGUAUUAAUUACUUGAUUAUUUUCUGUAAUAUGCAGAAGAAUGUGAUAUUCGAUGUCAUUGUUCAAAGAACUAUGAACAUAGAUGUCCACUCUAUAUAGCAUUGAAGACUUUAGGAGUUAAAAAGGAAGAAGAUUUGUUUAAUAAAAAAAAUGACAUCUUGAAAGCCUUACUCAUUAAAGGAGCUAAUAUAAAAAUCUUCUAAGAAUAGACUUCGAAGAUUGAUGUAGAAGGAUACAGACAAUAUCUAAUCUAAAGAGUUUAAUUCUAAAAAACAAAUGGAUUUAAGUAAACAUAAGAUGGAUAUGCUACUUUUAGUCAAUGA